UCGCUUAUAUAUCUAUAUAUAGAUAGAUCUUGUUAAGUUCAUCACAGGGAAGUCCUAUAUCAAAUUGAAUUAACUUCCGUUAUUAUAUAUUUCAUUAAAUCAAAAUUGAAUCAAAAUAAUCAAAAAACGUUUAUAAAUGAAGAACAUCUCACUUAUAUCGAUGUUUGAACCGGAACAUUGUUCUGAGGGUUUACAAUUCACAAGGUGUCAUUAUUUCACACAUUUCUUCUCUAGCAGGAGAGUUCACAUUGGAGUUAUUGUAUGGAUAUAUCUAAACAUGUUACAGUGUAUACAGCCUUGGUGGGUGUUUUCUUGAUUAACUUUCGAACUUCUUCAAAAACUAUCGGAGUUUGUAAAUCAAAUACAACAGAAAGAGAGUGCUGUUCUGAUUAUAUACUGGUGGACGGCACGUGUAAACCAUGUAUAGGUCGAUAUGGUAAAGACUGUCAGCAAAAGUGUGAAUGUGGUCACUAUGGAUUUGGAUGUCGAUAUAGGUGCAACUGUACCGAAACUCAGAGGUGUGAUGUCAAGAUCGGCUGUGUCGACCUUCUGUCUGAGACGACUGACUGCAAGUGCAUCAAAUCCUACCAAGGAGAGAUCAUAGGGGCGCUGGGCGUAACAUUUGGCUUGAUAUGCUUGGCCGUGGCAGGUGCUCUUACCAGGCGAUCAAAAUUGUUGUAUGAAAGGAAAUUCAUAACACAGAGCAGCGUUGAUGAUAAAUCUACAGAUAAAGACCAAAAACCUCUGAGUGAGCAAUAUCUUACUCCCAUCUCUAAUCAAGACAAAUCGGUGAAGUCAUCGGGUCAUCUUCCAAAGAAACAGAGGAGGACAAAAUUGGACCAAUACCAAAUGACAGAGGUUGCUGAUGAAAGUCAUGAAUACAAGCCACUUCACCAGCCACGAGAGGAUGUCACUUCUAGACCAGAAGGAAAUGUUUCGGAAUUCAGGCAUUCAUAUGAAGAGCCAAAAAGCAGAUACGAUGAAAUUCCAGAUUACCAACAUCUGAAAGAACAUCGAGAAAGAAAACAACACCAAUACACUUCUAUAACAGGGUCUUCCAGAUCCCAUGUAUAGUAUCAACCCUUUAGGUU